GAGGACACAUUUGUUGUUCCUAGUGGUAAAUACUAUCUAGUGGAUGCUGGAUAUACAAAUGGUCUGGGAUUUCUUGCCCUGUACCGAUCUACACGGUACCACUUGAAUGAAUGGGCUAUUCAAGGCAACAAUCCAUCUACUGUGAGAGAGUUAUUCAACCUACGCCAUGCAACAACUAGGAAUGUGAUAGAGAGAACUUUUGGGCUAUUGAAGAUGAGAUGGGCAAUCUUGAGGACCAGCUCAUAUUUUGAUUUAGAAAACCAGAUUAGGAUCAUCCAUGCUUGCUGCAUAUUGCAUAAUUUUUUAAGGGAUAGACAAAGAGAUAUGGACGAUAUUCUAAUACAUGAAGUUGAUAGUCUCAUCUCUGCUGCUCCUGCUGAAAAUCAAGGAGAAAUGAGUAUGAUUACGCAUGUUCAAUCAACUAAUGAGUGGGGUUAUUUUAGAGACACCAAAGCUAGUGAAAUGUUUGUUGAUUAUCAAGCGAGGCGUGGUCAAAGCUCAUAGUUGACAAGAAAACAAGGGGCUAUGUUCCUUGGAAUGAUGAGAUGGAUAAGGUACUCCUUGAUACAUUUGUGGACUAUUACAAUAAAGGUGAUGGAUGUCAGAAUGGGUGGAAGUCUCAUGUAUACACAGCUGCUGUGAAGAAUGUUUGUGAGAAGUGUAAUGUCACCAUUACAAAGGAAAAUAUUAGCUCUCGCAGCAAGACCUUUGAUAAGCACUACAAUAUCAUUAAUGGUUUGUUGUCCACUAGUGGUUUUGGAUGGGAUUGGGAGAAGAACAAGCUCAAAGUUGAUAGUGACACUGUAUGGGAUGAGUACGUUGAGAGGAAUAAGGAAGCAAAAGGAUAUAGACAUAAGGUUGUGAAGUUUUGGGAUCUACUCAGCCUAGUGUACAAUAAUGGCCAAGCAAAUGGAGAGAGUGCUAAAACAGCAGCUGAAAGUUCAAAGGAAAUGGCAAAAGAGAAUGAUACCGGAGGCAAGGAUGCUCCAUAUUCUGUAUCUUCCUCGAGUAGUUUAAAAAGACAAAGAUCAGAUGAUUCAUUUAACUCUAUAUGGUGUGAUAAGUUUGACAUGCUUACAUCUGCAUUGAAAGAUGACGGUCCAAAGCUACCCUCUUCCGCCGAAGUUCUCGCCGCAUUACAAGAGGUUGAGGGACUUGAUGAAGACACAUAACUUUAGCUUUAUGACAUCCUCACCUCUAAUGCACGCAAGUUUGAGUCGAUGAUGGCACUCCCAAUGGAAAGGAGGAAGAGGUGGCUUAUGAUGCAACUAAGGAAGUGAAACAACUUAUAUGUGAACUUAGAUCUCUGUGUUGAACUGAUUGUGUGAACUUGUCUUUGUGAAACUUUUGUGUGUGAACUUGAUGGCUAUGUGAAACUGUUGUGUGCGAACUUGAUGGCUUUAU